AGAGAGAGAGAGAGAGAGAGAGAGAUAUGAGCUAAGUUUAAACACUUCUUAGAGAGAGAGAGAGAGAGAGAGAGAUGGGUAGAAGGCCUUGUUGUGCAAAGGAAGGAUUGAACAGAGGGGCAUGGACUGCAAUUGAAGACGAAAUUCUAACAGAUUACAUCAAACUCCAUGGUGAAGGAAAAUGGAGAAACCUUCCCAGUAGUGCAGGGCUCAACAGAUGUGGGAAGAGUUGUCGGCUUCGUUGGCUGAAUUACCUUAGACCUGAUAUUAAGAGAGGAAACAUCACACGUGAUGAAGAGGACCUCAUCGUUAGACUCCACAACCUCCUUGGAAACAGAUGGUCUUUGAUAGCUGGACGGCUUCCGGGUCGGACCGACAAUGAAAUUAAAAAUUAUUGGAACACCAACAUUUGCAAAAAAGUGCAAGGCCACCGCAGCAGUACUGCCACGAACCACAAGCCCCGUAAUCAAGCCAGAGGUAAAAAAUCGAGUUCCAGAAUUGAUGAGCCAAAGCCAAAUACAGGAUCAUCUGUAGUCCGGACCAAGGCAUCGAGGUGCACCAAGCUUUUGAUCAGCCCAGAGGCGCAGAAUCUGCGGGACUCCUUUUGCGAUCGGGUGGUGGGUCCGGGGCUUGUCGAUGACGUGUCGCCAUUUGCGCCCAUGGAAGAUAAUUCGCUCGAUUUCGUGAUGGAUUUCAAUCAGGUGGACGAGAAGUUCCUAUCUGAUUUCCUUCACGAUGAUUUCGCACCGUUGUGCGAUAUCGAUCAGAACGGGCUUGAAACAGGGGAUACUAGCACUAACACAAGCUCUUCAUCUCCAAGUUCUGAUCAGACCUUCUUGUUCUCCGGUGAAAUCAUGUUAUGUGACUUGGAUCUUCACUCAGUGGCACCUCUUCCGGAUACGGGCAUAGAUUGUCUGGAAGAUCAGUAACACCAGGUCCAAGGGAGGGUAAUGUUCAUCUUCUCUAAAAGAUGGUAAAAAAAUUUAUUCUCGUUAGACUCGCUUGGGAUGUUUCAAAAAUAAUUAUUAUGUUGUAACGUUUGAUUAUGGCUAAGUCGAUUGCCGUCAGACUCUGUAAUGUUAAUAUUUUUUUUUUUUGGAUCAAGCGGAAAUUUGUAAUAUUAAUAUUAGAGGUGUAGUCAAUGUGCCAAAAUCUUCAUUUGUUA